UGGGAAGUUUGGAGGUGGUGCACCAACUUUAGGAGGAAGAGAAAGAAGAAGGAAGGCGGUUUCCGCUCGAGCGCGAGAUCUUGCCUUAGUUAACUCUUGGCUUGGAACGUGGGUAGGUACCCGGGAAGAAGCGUUUAACUUAGAGGACGGAAUGGCUGAACAAGACGUAGAAAAUGAACUGCUUGAUUAUGAAGAGGAUGAGGAGCCCCAGCCCAUGACAGAGAGCACGCCCACCCCUGCUAAGAAGGACGUGAAGGGCUCUUAUGUCUCCAUUCAUAGCUCAGGCUUCAGGGAUUUCCUUCUGAAGCCAGAGCUCCUGAGGGCUAUUGUGGACUGUGGCUUUGAACAUCCAUCUGAAGUCCAGCAUGAAUGUAUUCCCCAAGCCAUAUUGGGAAUGGAUGUCUUGUGCCAAGCCAAGUCUGGAAUGGGCAAGACUGCAGUCUUUGUGUUGGCUACCCUGCAGCAGAUCGAGCCUGUGGAUGGACAGGUAACCGUUCUUGUCAUGUGCCACACUCGGGAGUUGGCCUUCCAGAUCAGUAAGGAGUAUGAGCGCUUCUCCAAGUAUAUGCCCAGUGUCAAGGUCUCUGUGUUCUUUGGUGGCCUCUCGAUCAAGAAAGAUGAAGAUGUUCUGAAGAAGAACUGCCCUCAUGUAGUGGUGGGGACGCCUGGCCGGAUUCUGGCCUUAGUACGCAACAAGAGUCUCAAUCUGAAAAACGUGAAGCACUUUGUACUCGAUGAGUGUGACAAGAUGCUGGAACAGCUUGACAUGCGCCGGGAUGUUCAGGAGAUCUUCCGCUUGACACCCCAUGAGAAGCAGUGCAUGAUGUUCAGUGCCACGCUGAGUAAGGAGAUAAGACCCGUCUGCAGAAAGUUCAUGCAGGAUCCAAUGGAAGUUUUUGUGGACGAUGAGACAAAAUUGACACUGCACGGACUACAGCAGUACUAUGUGAAGCUUAAGGACAGCGAGAAAAACAGAAAACUCUUUGAUCUCUUGGAUGUGCUGGAGUUUAACCAGGUGGUGAUCUUUGUGAAGUCAGUGCAGCGCUGUGUAGCGUUGGCUCAGCUCCUAGUAGAACAGAACUUCCCCGCCAUUGCCAUCCACAGAGGCAUGGCUCAGGAGGAGAGAUUAUCACGAUACCAACAGUUCAAGGAUUUUCAGCGGCGGAUCCUGGUGGCCACCAAUCUCUUUGGCCGAGGCAUGGAUAUUGAGCGGGUCAAUAUAGUCUUCAAUUAUGACAUGCCCGAGGACUCCGAUACCUACCUGCACCGGGUGGCCAGGGCUGGCCGGUUCGGUACCAAGGGCUUGGCUAUCACUUUUGUCUCUGACGAGGGGGACGCCAAGAUCCUUAAUGAUGUUCAGGACCGGUUUGAAGUGAAUGUGGCAGAGCUGCCCGAGGAAAUCGACAUCUCCACAUACAUUGAACAAAGUCGAUAACCAAGAGCCACAGACGGGACCAUCAGGGUGACCCCUGCCUCCGUUUGCUGCUUUUAAUGUUUUCUUUGCUAAGUGACGACGGGUAUCACAACUAUUUUUACUGUUUUAAAGCUGUAGAUUUGUGUAAGAAUAAACUUUUAUUACAAAAA